UAAACAUACACUACACACGCACGUAUGCGGUCUAUUAAGUUUAUAACUAGAAUAGCAUAUCACUUGAAAACACUCCAAACUGCCAUAAAAAUGACGACAGGUUCUUUGAGGCAGAGAAACAAUGGAAAUAAGCAAAAGCUGUAUCAAAAUGUUAGCCCUACCACGAAUGGAGGCACUACAAGUCUUCAGAGUAAACUAGCAAAUAUUAGUGACGAAUUGCAGCAUGCGACUCAGGCUUCAACACAUCGUUUAUGGACUCGGGCAGUGAUAGCUGCCUCUGUGAUGAUUGUUGUUUAUUUUUAUUCGCAGCAACGUAACAGCAAUGAAACAAAAUUUGCCUUAAUUAAAGAGAAACUGCCAUUACGGAUACAGAAAUUUGAAUGUUCAAAAAGCUACAAAGCGGAGAUACGUCGAUAUCCGAACUGCGUACCAAAGAAGUGUGGUCGCUUUGUCAGUGAUCAGCUGGUAGAGGAAGAUGAAGUUGAUAAGCUUUUAAAUCUGGCUCGUACCAUAUUGUCUAUGGCGGGCUCAUCUGGAGGUGCUUCCAUUUUAAACUUACACACUGGGGCUCUUUCAUAUAAAGAACAAUUUGUUAAUGCGUACCGUGUGCCAAAAGUAGUAGCCGAAAUACAAGAGCACCAUUUAACGGUGUAUAAUACUGUCAAAAACAAAAUUAAAAAAGCUAUAGCCGAGCAAUUUGGAAUACCUGCCGAAAGUCUUUAUCUAACGGAUCCCACGUUUUUUUCACGACUGACAAACGCAACCGCUAGAACAAUGAAUGAUGAAUAUUGGCAUGAACAUAUAGAUAAGGAUACUUAUGAAUCUUUUCACUAUACAUCUUUACUUUAUUUGAACACAUAUAAAAAAGAUUAUAAAGGAGGUCGUUUCAUUUUCAUUGAUGGCAGCAAUGGAAAUCUGACCAAGUCAGCCAUUGAACCGAAAAAAGCUCGAGUUAGCGCAUUUACUUCGGGUGCUGAAAAUUUACAUCACGUUGAACAAGUUACCGAAGGAGAAAGAUAUGCCAUUACGAUUUCAUUUACUUGUGAUCCCGAUCAGGCAAUAUCCGACCUCCAGAUAAAGACACCCAAUUUAUAAAAUUAAAGAAUUAAACUAAACAAAUGAAGACUAAAUAGAAAAUGAAAAUGUAGACAAUGUUACAAAUUAGAAUUACACAUACAUAUUAACUAGUAAAAUGCUCUGGAAACACAAGAAUGCGCAACAACUUAUACCACCCUAAAAAUUAUUUACUAUAGUUUUGAACUUAAAUGAAUCCCAAUUAUUAAAAGUGUAAUGGUUGUUAUUAUUUAAUUUGCUGUAUAAUUUUACAAAUAAACCCUAAUAAUAAUAUUUAA